CUUUUGCGAAUCAGCUGAGAAAAUAUUUAAAAGUUUUAAAUAAUAAAAACAAAGCCCCGUAAAGAAUGCAAAUAUUCUGACCCCGUGGCAUAAGAAGGAUAUAGUCCUAUUUCGAGCAUAUUGUUUGUAAAUUCCUUAACUGCAGAUUUCCGGUUGAAACCAUGGUUCGAGUUCUGUUCCUCCACCCGGAUUUGGGCAUCGGAGGAGCUGAGCGACUGGUGGUGGAUGCCGCUCUGGCACUCAAGGAGCGGGGUCACCAGGUCAGCUUCCUAACGAAUCACCACGACAGCACGCACUGCUUCAAGGAGACGGCGGAUGGCACUUUUCCGCUCCACGUAGUGGGCGACUGGUUGCCACGCGGGCUCUUUGGAAGGUUCUAUGCCAUCUGUGCCUAUCUGCGCAUGCUCUACGCGGCGAUCUACGCCAGCUUCUUCAUGCCCCAGCGGGAGCAAGUGGACGUGGUGGUGUGCGACCUAAUAUCUGUGUGCAUUCCAGUUCUCCGCUUCGCCCCUCAUCGUCCGAAAGUUCUAUUCUACUGCCACUUCCCGGAUCAGCUUCUCAGCAGCCGUGAAGGGCUGCUGAAGCGACUGUACCGCCUGCCCAUCAACUGGCUGGAGGAGCACACGAUCGGUCUAGCAGACAAGGUGCUGGUCAACUCCAAAUUUACGCUACGUGUCUUCCAGGACACCUUCCGCCGACUGAGCACGGUGCCGGAUGUGCUGUAUCCUUCACUGCACACCCAGUACUUUGACCAGAUGCAGAAAAAGCUGGAACAGCGGUCUGCUUUACUGGACGAGCCUGUGCACCCGCGAGUACCACUCAACGCCUUUAUCUAUCUGGACAUCAAUCGGUACGAGCGCAAGAAGAACCACGCCCUCGCCUUACAUUCCCUGCGCCUUCUGGGCGACAUUCUGCCCGCCACGGACUUCAAGCGCUGUCGCCUAAUCAUCGCCGGGGGUUACGACACCCGAUGCAUGGAAAAUGUAGAGCACUUCGCGGAGCUGGAGCAGCUUACGGAGGAGCUGAAGCUUCAGGAUCACGUUGCUCUGCUGAGAUCGCCUACCGACGAGGAGAAAUGUCGCCUGCUCUUCGCCGCUCACUGUCUGCUGUAUACGCCAGAAAACGAGCACUUCGGCAUUGUGCCGCUGGAGGGCAUGUACUGCUCCAAGCCAGUCGUGGCAUUGAACAGCGGCGGACCCACUGAAACGGUGGUGAACACUUCCACUGGCUUUCUGUGCGAAAAAACCGAGAAAAGCUUUGGAGGAGCAAUGCUCCAGCUUUUCCGGGACGAACAGCUGCGUGUGAAGAUGGGAGACCAGGGUCACAAGCGGGUGCAGCAAAAGUUCUCUUUCCAAGCAUUCGCAGAUCGGCUGAACGGCAUUAUUAGAGAUCUUGUUCCUGUCUCCAGGGAGUCGAGUGCUAAGAAAAAUAAAUAAAAUUCCAGUUAAGAAAGCAGAUCUAUUGCAAA